CUAACACACGCCCUUAACGGACCCUCUUCGCGGUUCCCAUUGGAAGGUACCAUUUCUUAAAGAGGGGUGACAGAGAUAUUUUAUAUGUUGCAAAUAUUAGGAAUAUUAAUAACUGAUGCGGUCAUAGGUAACAUUUCAAACAUCUGUUUCUAGAUGCACAUCAUUCCACAAGUUAUUCCCAGGCAUUAUUAUGACGUGUAUAUAUAUAUAGGAAGACGACUCACCGGCCUCCCCCAUACAGCUAGAGAAUGUGAUAAACCCACUUCAUUAGUUAUUUUCCCCAACGUGUACAUGGCCUGCUGCAGAAACGUUUUAAUAUCGUUAACUUUUGGAAGAUUUCACGAUGCUUUGGCGGUGCGUUAUCUGCUGCGUUUUUAUAACUUUUUCACUGAAAUUAUUAUUGAGCCAUAUUAAUCGACUGCACAGUCGCAGCUCUGACUUCAGGUUGCUCUGUGGCAUUGAUGGAUGCACUGAGGAAUAUAGAGUGUACAACUCAUUCUACCAUCAUGUAAAGAGAAGACACUUUCAACAUCUUCUUGAAGACACCAGACCUGGCGACGCCACACGUGGAGAUGAAAACCGACAGGAGGAAACCCAAGGACCGCAGCAAAAAGACAACAUUCAACCCGAUCAGCUUCCAGCCGACUCCAGCAGCGAGGAUCAGAACCUUCACACACCUGACUCAGUUGAAGAGCAAAUGGGCAUCGACCAAGAUGGAGCUGUCACAGUGCACCAAGAUCUGACAACACAUGCCACUGCCUUUGUUAUCAAUGCCCGAUCCAAGCAUCGUCUGUCACAGAAAGGCAUGAAUGACAUUGUUGCUGGGGUACAGCAGUAUCAAUCAUCACUAUUGGACAACCUCAGGACGCAGAUGAAGGAAGUUCUAAAGAAGAAUUCAGGAAGUACAACCAAUCAACUUGGAAAAGAUGCAAUGGAUAUAUUUGACAGUUUCAUUGACCCCAUUGCUAACGUUUCAACAACAUUUCGCCAGAACAGUGUUAUUAGGAAGCAGUUUUGUUGUGUGGAUGCAGAGGAAAUUCCAAUUGCUCGAACCAUAUGCAGGAAGAAACGUGGAGGAUCAACAGAUUUUGUCAUCAAAGACAAAUUAUUUUAUUAUGUACCAUUAGUCAAAAGUGUAGAGCAGUUCCUAUUACAUCCAAGGAUUUUGACUAUGAUUGAAGAGGUACCCCAGAGGUGCAGUGAAGGUUUUUUUCAUGACCUUGUUGAUGGUUCUCUUUUAAAAUCUCAUCCCUUAUUUUCAGAGAAACCAAAUGCACUGCAGAUUAUUCUGUAUACAGACGAAAUAGAGAUCUGUAAUCCACUAGGAUCCUUUUCAUCAAAGAACAAGUUGUUAAUGGUGUACUACACCCUAGGAAAUAUAAAUCCAAAAUACAGGUCUAAGCUGGCUGCUAUUAGGCUACUUGCGAUGGCUAAAUCAGCAGACCUCCGUCAAUCUGGUGUAGAUGUAAUAUUGAAUAGAAUAAAGGAAGACAUGGAUGCAUUGUACAGUGGUGUUAAAAUUCAAACUAUUAACGGGGAGAAAACAAUACAUGGUGCUAUGGUUUCUCUCUGUGGUGACACCCUGGCACAGCAUGAACUCGCAGGGUUCAAAGAAGGAGUGGGCUUUGCUUACAGUAAGUGCAGACACUGUGAGUGUUCUUUUGAGGACAUGCAGUCACAAUUCAACGAGGAUGCAUAUAUUAAAAGAACAUUGGAGAAUCAUGUCAGACAGUGUGAUGAAAUAGAAAAGGCUAACACAGACUUGCUUCGCAACAGCCUUAGAACAACAUAUGGGAUCAAUCGAAGGAGCAAGUUAGUUGACUUCCCAUCCUUUGAUAUUAUUCGGCAAACCCCGCAAGACAUUAUGCAUGUCAUUCUUGAGGGUAUAGCUCCUCUGGAAAUUAAAUGUGUUUUGAAUCAUCUUGUUCAGUCAGGAGAGUUAAAUCUGGACUCUGUGAAUUCAGCUAUUCUUGGUUUCCCUUAUUCGCCUCUAGAUGUUAGAGAUCGACCAUCCCCAAUUUCUCCGAGUACACUGAUGUCAACUGAUGGUAAACUAAGGCAGUCAUCAGGGCAAAUGCUUGUCCUGUUGAGGAUAUUGCCAUUUGUUUUGGAACAUUUGGAAGUCAAUGCAUAUGCAAAGUAA